UCCGCGCGCGCCGCAGCCGGACCUCUGCUGCCGCGGGCCCUGGCCGGGCGGCCGCCAUGGCCUCGGCGGCCGUGGAGAGCUUCGUGAGCAAGCAGUUGGACCUGCUGGAGCUCGAGAGAGACGCGGAGGUCGAGGAGCGCAGGUCGUGGCAGGAAAACGUGUCUCCGAGGGAGCUGCAGAGCCGAGGCGUCUGCUUGCUGAAGCUGCGGGUGUCCGGCCAGCGGACCGGCCUGUACGGGCGGCUGCUGCUCACCUUUGAGCCGCGGAGAUGCGCGGCGGGCGCCGAGCUGCCCAGCAACAGCUUCUCUUCCGGCGACAUCGUGGGUGUGUGUGACGAAGGCGGUCAGCUGGCCACAGGGAUCCUGACCCGGAUCACGCAGAGAUCGGUCACCGUGGCCUUUGACGAGUCCCAUGAUUUCCAGCUGAGCUUGGAUGGGGAGCGCGCCUACAGACUGUUAAAACUUGCCAAUGACGUCACUUACAAGCGGCUGAAAAAGGCUCUGGUUGCCCUCAGGAAGUACCACUCCGGCCCCGCGGCCUCCCUCAUCGAGGUCCUCUUCAGCGGGUCACCCCCCAGUCCUGCCAGCGAAAUGCAGCCUCCGGCCUUCUGUAACCCCUCCCUGGACGCCUCCCAGCAGGAAGCCGUCUCCUUUGCGCUGUCCCAGAAGGAAGUCGCCAUCAUCCACGGGCCCCCCGGCACCGGGAAGACCACCACUGUGGUGGAGAUCAUCCUUCAGGCCGUGAGGCAGGGCUCAAAGGUCCUGUGCUGCGCUCCCUCCAACGUCGCCGUGGACAACCUGGUGGAGCGGCUGGCGCGGUGGCGGCAGCGGGUCCUGCGCCUCGGGCACCCGGCCCGGCUGCUCGAGAGCGUCCAGCGGCACGCCCUGGACGCCGUGCUGGCGCGCAGCGACAGCGCCCAGGUCAUCGCCGACAUCCGGAGGGACAUCGACCAGGCCUUGGCGAAGAACAGGCAGACGCAGGAGAAGAGAGAGAAGAGUAGCUUCUGGAAUGAAGUCAAGCUGCUGCGGAAAGAGCUGAAGGAGAGGGAGGAGGCCGCCACGCUGGAGAGCCUCCGGGCGGCCACGGUGGUGCUGGCCACCAACACCGGCGCUUCUUCCGACGGCCCGCUGAAGCUGCUGCCCGACGGCCACUUCGACAUGGUGGUCAUCGACGAGUGUGCCCAGGCCCUCGAAGCCAGCUGCUGGAUUCCCCUGCUGAAGGCCAGGAAGUGCGUCCUGGCCGGAGACCACAGGCAGCUGCCACCCACCGUGGUCUCGCCCAGGGCUGCUGCGGGUGGGCUGGGGCGCAGCCUGAUGGAGCGCCUGGCGGAGGAGCUGGGCGCGAGCGCCGUGCGGACGCUGACGGUGCAGUACCGCAUGCACCAGGCCAUCAUGCGCUGGGCCUCGGAGGCCCUGUACCAGGGACAGCUCACGGCCCACCCGUCCGUGGCGGGCCACCUCCUGCGGGACCUCCCGGGAGUGGCAGCCACCGAGGAGACGGGCAUCCCGCUGCUGCUGGUGGACACGGCUGGCUGCGGGCUGUUCGAACUCGAGGAGGAGGACGAGCAGUCCAAGGGGAACCCUGGGGAGGUGCGCCUCGUGAGCCUGCACGUGCAGGCCCUGGUGGGAGCUGGCGUCCGCGCGAGCGACAUCGCCGUCAUCACACCAUACAACCUCCAGGUGGACCUGCUCAGGCAGAGCCUCGCCCUCAAGCACCCCGAGCUGGAGAUUAAGUCCGUCGACGGCUUCCAAGGCCGAGAGAAGGAGGCCGUGGUCUUGUCCUUCGUCAGGUCCAACAGGAAAGGCGAGGUGGGCUUCCUUGCUGAGGACCGGCGGAUCAAUGUGGCCGUCACCCGUGCUCGGCGCCACGUGGCGGUCGUGUGUGACUCGCGCACCGUCACCAACCACGCCUUCCUGAAGACCCUGGUGGAGCACUUCACGGAGCACGGGGAGGUGCGCACGGCCUUCGAGUACCUUGAUGACAUCGUCCCUGAGAACUACUCCCACGCGGGUCCCCAGGCCCACAGCCAAGCUGGCGCCAAGCCCCGGGACCCCGCCGUGGCUGCCAGGAAGCCGCCCCGGGAUGGGGCCCCGGAGGCCAGGCCGGCGGUCCUGCUGGAGCGGAAGGUGCCGGGCGGGCGGCCCUCGGGCCCUGAGGCUGGUUCUCAGCCCAGUGGCUGCGGAGGCAGCCUGGAGGCAGCGGACAGCAGGGACGGCGAGGCCCGCUUCAGGGCCAGGAUCGCGGAGUUCAUGGUGAGCGAGGAGGCCCGGCUGGAGUUUCCGGCCUCCCUGAGCUCGCACGACAGGAUGUGGGUCCACCGGAUCGCGGAGGAGCUGGGGCUGCGGCAUGACAGCAGCGGCGACGGCAGGAAGAGAUUCAUAACCGUGAGCAAGAGGGCGCCGCCUGGCCUGCCACCCCCGGCGGGCUGCCCNGGCCCCCCGGAGGCGGAGCCCCCGCCCGGCGAGCAGAGCGGCCCGGGAGCCCCGGAUCUGAAGGCCCUGCACCUGGAAAGGCUGCAGAGGGAGAAGCAGCGGCAGGCCGAGCCGGAGCCGCGGGCCUCACGCUCGGCACCGCGCAGGGGCCCGGAGAAGAAAAAGAAAAAGGAAGCAAAAGGACAUGCGGCCGUGGACUUGCCGAGCGAGGAGGACUUUGACGCCCUGAUCUCGGCCGCUGUGAAGGCCGACAGCACCUGCAGCCUCGCCAAGUGCAGCGCGAGCGUCGUGACCCUGGGCCAGCUCUGCCUGCACUGCGGCCGCCGCUUCUGCCUCAGCCACCACCUGCCGGAGGCCCACGGCUGUGGGGAGAGGGCUCGCGCCCACGCCCGGCAGAGGAUCAGCCGGGAAGGAGUCUUGUAUGCCGGCAGCGGGACCAAGGACCGGUCCCUGGACCCCACCAAGAGGGCCCAGCUCCAGAGGAAGCUGGAUAGGAAGCUGGACGAGCUGACUGGCCAGAGGAGAAGCAAACGGAAGGAGAAGGAGAAGUGACGGUGGCUCCUCACACAGAGCUGCCAGGCCUCUGAAAGAGCGGGGGUGGGGGGCGCCGCUGCUCCCUGUGACAGUGUGCAACCCGCCCCACCUGCCUGUGCCACGGCCGGGUGGGGCUCGGGGUCUGCGGGAGGAAGGGUGCCUGGGCAUGCGGUCUCCCCAGGUGUGCCUGUGCCCUCCCUCUCCCCUCCCUCCCAUGACCGUCGCCUGGUGCAUUCCUUCCCUCCCAGGCAGAAUGAAACCCCCCUUCUGAAUUUUUGGGUGUUGUCAUGAGUGAGGGUCAGUAAGAUACGUUGGAGAUGCGCCUCUGUGUCCCCUGCACGGGCCCGAUGCCCCCUCAGACUUUGUAACAGUGAAUCCCCGUCGGGCUGGCCGAGCACCCGAGAACUGGAUGUGUCCCUGCGCGGCUGCUCGCCAGGGCCUGUCCCAUCUCCUGUCCCCUGCUGGCCGCGGUGAGGACCCCCCCGCCCCGCCCCACGUGGCAGACACUGCUCGGCUGCUCCCCUGAGGUUGGGGGUCCCCUCGAGCGGGGCCCGCGGUGACACCCUGGCCGGGGUGAGCCUGCGUGGGUGGCCGUCCGGUGCUCCGCCGGGAGGGGAGCCUCGGAGGCCGUGCCGUUCUAGUCUCAGGGUUUUAUCCGCGUGACCGGGAGAUAAGUUAUUAAAGAAACAAACAAAGA